UUUACAUAUUUAUUAGAAUAAUUUUUUGGGAAGAGCGAAAAGCCUUAAUUUUCAACAAAAUAAAGUAUGCAGCCGUUUCCAUCGCAUAACAAAUAUAAUGAAUGCCCUACAAAUAUCUUUCUUGAUUGGCUCGUGUUUCGGGACGAAUUAAGUUAUCGAUUGUUUAGUAUUACUUAAAUGGUAAGCUCAUCAAUAUUGUCGUGAGUUCGAGGGCCGUAGGAGGAAAGACUGCGAAUAAAACAAUGGUACUAGCACGUUUUGCAUUACGCUGUCUCUAUUCACAUCGGAGUACCAUGGCCAGGCCCAGACGUAAACCUUGCAGUGUUCAAAUCGCAACUCCACCUUCGUUUGGCACGCGACAUGAUCUUUUAUUCGCAGUUUUUAUUGUAAGUGCGACUUGCGCUGAAGACAAGACGUGGUGUAACUUUGGUGUUACAGUGUGUGUACAUAGACACAGCACAGGCAGGGCCUCCACCCAGUUAUAGAGUCACCAUUGGUACGCAGCCACCGUAAAAUAUAGCAGAAACUAUCUCCGAGCUGAGUAGGAUGACACAACGGUCACCCAGGAAAAGCCCACGCUUAAACGAUGGCCAGGAGAUAGCUACCACGGCAGACAAAGCGGACAAGUAGAAUGGUGAGCACUGUAUCACAAAUGCAAGUUCCCGCUGUUAGCGCACCACAAAGCUCCAGCACCGUUAAUGUGGGCACAAAUGUACAACCUGCCGGCACUCUGGCCGCGGCAGUGAGUGCACGAGCCAGCACAUUGACAGGAGCGCCAAGCCCAAGCACGCAACUCUCAAGUAUGCAAGUCAUGGACUUGAUAAAGAGAGUCGCGGCGCUAGAGCAUGAGUUGCAGAGGUCAAAAACUGGUCAAGCACAUGUGAGUAUAAUUACUGAUCCCGUUAAGUUAAGUAAUGCUGGCGUGAGUGGUACAGCUAACCUGCCGCAAUCUUUGAUCGGAGCUUUGAUCGAAGCUUCGUCGAGUGGAAGUUUGAGUGAAACUGCAACUAUGAGUGUAAUCCCAAAUUCAAGCCUAAGUUUGAGUGAAACUGCAAUUUUGAGUGGACUACCUUUUUGGGGCAGAUCGCCAUCUUUGAGUGAGGCACUGACUACGUCAUUGAGUGGAAGUUUGGGAACACAGUUGCAAAUGGUAUAACGGGCUACAGUUAUGGAUAACUGCUCUACAACGUCAAGCCGCUCGACGCCACAUUGCUUUGCAGGCAUUGCACAGCCAACGCUUAGCUACACUCCGGCACAGGAGACUCUGGAAGUCGUUGCUCAUACAUCCCAGGAAUGUGAACAACGUAAUAGAACAAUUACGUUUUAGAUACGGCCGCCCAAAACAGCUAAUCCUACAAUGAUGGAGGAUUUGGUCGCUAAACUACCACCAAGCAAGAGGGUGGAAUGGGCCAGACACGCAGCUAUGAUUAGGCCUUUCCCAACAGUCGUACAUUUUAGCGCGUGGUUAUCGGACUACGCCAAUGUGGUAUGUACGAUUGUGGACGUCGAUAGUAAGGAGCAAAGGCGUAGAGUGCUGCAUGCCAGCAUUGACCAGAAUAAUGAAGGGCGUCACCGAGGUCGCACCAAAUAGUGUCCAAUCUGUAAUGAACAACACGCAGUUAGGGACUGCAAUGAGUUUAACUUAGCCUCUCCGCUAAAGAGGUGGACAGUCGUAAAAAGGCACCGGCAUUGUUUUUCGUGUUUACGAGUUGGACACAUGGCAAGAGUCUGCAAUAGGGCCAACGAAUGCCAAGUUAAUGGAUGCCGAAAGAGACAUUAUCUUACAUGAUUAUGAUGCCAUGAGUGACAAUGUACCGCAGCCAGCAGGUGAUAGAGUGAUGAAUACUGGACGGAUGCCGCAGCCAGCGGAUCCUCACACAAGGGCACCGCAGCCAGCGGACGCUCAAUCGACGCAACAAAGGAACUUAAUUUGUGUCGAUUCGGAUGGAAAACGCCUUCUAUUCCGCAUAUUGCCAGUGACAUUGCACGGGGCCAAUAAGCGGAUCGAUACGUACGCGCUCCUCGACGAGGGCUCGUCUGUAACGAUGAUCGACGACGAGCUACUGCGCGAUCUAGAUAUCAAAGGGGAACGCAGGCAACUAAAUAUACAGUGGUUUGGUGGAAGAGCAACCAGGGAGCCGACCACAGUGGUAAGCAUGGAAGUGGGUGGAGCGGACAAGCGCAAACGGCGUGUGUUGCGAAAUGUGAACGCCGUGUCCAACCUGAGCUUACCAAUGCAAAGCCUGCAUCAACGUGACAUCCAAAUGUGGGGCAACGGUGCACGUCUUCCAAUGAAACCGUAUCGCGGGGCGGUACCAAAACUUCUGAUUGGACUUGACCAUGCACAUCUUGGACUGCCAAUGCAAAUAAAAAGAUUUGCACCACAGGGACCAUAUGCCGCAGCCACCGAACUUGGAUGGGUGGUUUUUGGGCCGGUAAGAGAUCACCCGACGGCAACGUCAUCAAAGUCAUGCCUCCUAGCAGUUUCGCAGGAGGAUGCAAUCCAAAAGAUGGUAAACGACUAUUUUGAUAUCGGGGUGAAGCUUACGCCACCAGUCGCAGCCAGCGACGAUGCACGAGCACAGAGGAUACUCGAAGACACCACGGUGAAAAAGAUUGGUCAACAUUGAGAGAAAGAUGAAGCGUAACGAUCAGUUUAAACAAGCCUAUAUGAAAAUUAUGGACGAUUAUGUUCAUAAAGGAUAUGGUGGGCGAUUGAAGCAGCAUGAGGUCGCUUUAGCCAACAGCGACAAACUUUGGUAUCUUCCGCACUUUGGAGUUGAAAAUCCAAAUAAGCCCGGUAAGAUAAGACUGGUGUUCGACGCGACAGCAAAAGUUGGUGAUAUUGAUCUUGGCAUUAUCCAAGGGCCGCAGUACUAUAAGUCGCUGCCGGCUGUUCGCUUCCAUUUUCGGGAAGGUGCCGUUGGCAUUUGUGGAGACAUCCGAGAGAUGUUCCAUCAAGUUUUGAUUCGACCGCAGGAUAGAUGCGCCCAGCGAUUCCUGUGGCGAAACGGCGAUGAACGCCGGGAGCCUGAUGUUUAUGAGAUGAGGGUAAUGACGUUUGGAGCAGCUUGCUCGCCAAGCACCGCACACUUUGUGAAGACGUUGAAUGCCCUGCAGUUUCAGGAUUCAGACCCUCGCGCGGUUAAAGCUAUUCUUGAAUGCCACUAUGUGGACGACUAUGUGGAUAGUUUUGAUAGUGAAGGCGAAGCCAUCACCAUAUCAACAAGAAUAAGAGAAAUACAUGCAAAUGCUGGGUUUGAACGGUAGCUGACGCGCUGGGCCAACAUGGGACUGCAAGGAGCAUCGGAUGGGGCGAAGCUGAAGAAAAAAUUCUAGGCAUGUGUUAACACCCAGCCACGGACUAUUUUAAAUUCAACAUGAAGUACCACAAAGUACCCCGAUGUAAGCUAAAUUUAGAGCGAAUUCCUACAAAGAGAGAAUUUUUGAGCUUGAUCAUGUCAACAUUCGAUCCUCUGACAUUUCUUAGCUGCCUCAUGAUAACUGGAAAGUUACUAAUGCGUGAGAUUUGGCGACGAAAUGUGCAAUGGAAUGAACCCUUACCAGAUGAGAUCGCCCGGGCCUUUAGCAAAUGGCUUCAGGAUAUGAACAAUGUGGAAGGAUUUCGGAGCUCGCGCCAUUACUUCGGCCCAACACCUGUACGGGCAAUACAGCUGCACGUUUUUGUCGAUGCUAGCCAGUCAGCAUUCGCAGCCGUGACUUACUUGAGGGUCACCUACGACAACAACGACGUGCGAGUAUGCUUCGUAUGUGCCAAGAUGAAGUGUGCCCCAUGAAGACGAUGUCAAUUCCAUAACUGGAAUUGCAAGCAGCCGUGUUAGGAACGAGGCUGAUGGACACUGUCAAAAGGGAGCACAGUAUAGCGAUCAGUGACGCUAUACUUUGGACUGACUCCAAGACUGUGCUGCGUUGGAUAGGCAGCACCCACCGUCGAUAUAAGCAGUUCGUCGGAAAUCAAGUGGGCGAAAUUUUGGAGUCAACAAAGGUUUCCCAAUGGAGAUGGGUACCUACUGCUGAAAAUGCAGCAGACGACGCAACGAGGCCGCAUUGCCACGUGAACCUCAGCCAACGGUCCCAUGGUUAGACGGGCCAACAUUUUGCGGCAGUCAAAAAGCAGCUGGCCGCAGUCCGAACCGGGCACGGAACACUCAUCCUACGAAGAUGAAGAAAAGAUGCCGAGUGAAUUUGCCUUAGUUGCAGCAAAUAACUUUUUCAUUUCAUUUCAGAGAUUCUCUAGCUACAGUCGGCUGGUGAGGACGACGGCUUGGGUCUUAAAGUUCACGCGCUGGAGCCGUGGACAGAGGACUGAGCUUGAGAGAUUCGGCCUCACCGUGACGGAGUGUGAGAACGCUGAGAACUUGCUGAUACGGCGAGCGCAAUGCGAAGCGUUCCCUGACGAGGUUCGAGCCUCAUACAAUGAAGAAUCAGUCGGUCAUCGAAGCGACAUAAGAGGGCUGGCGCCAUACUUGGAUGACAAUGGAGUCUUGCGUGCGUAUGGCAGGAUCGAUGCCGCACUGUGUAUACCGCAUAGUGCGAGAAGGCCAAUAAUAUUGUCACACCGGCACGCACUGACGGAACUGAUUGUGUAUCACUACCAUGUGAAAAAAAGCAUCAAAACGUGGGUGCAACGAUUGGUGACAUCAGGACCAGAUUUUGGAUAACAAAGCUGCGUCGAGUGUUGCGUACAGUAAUAUCUGGAUGUAGUGUGUGCAAGCUAUAUAGAGCGCAGCCAGCGCCCCCUAUAAUGGGUCCUUUGCCAGAGGACAGACUGGAGGCCAAUGGAUGGCCAUUUAAGUUUACGGGUCUGGACUAUUUUGGACCACUCCUUGUGACGAUCGGACGUCGAAAGGAAAAGUAAUGGGUCGCCUUGUUAACGUGUCUGACAACAAGGGCCAUACAUUUGGAGCUGGCAUAUGACCUGUCAACUGAUUCCUGUAUAAUCGUAAUCAGGAACUUUCUUUACCGUCGCGGACCUGUACUGAGGUUGCGCAGUGACAACGGAAAGAACUUUGUUGGGGCCAACAGAGAAUCCAAAAAGCUAAUAGAUGUAUUCGAGCCGGAGAAGAUUCAGGGUGAGCUAUCUUCUAGAGGCAUUGAAUGUAUCUUCAACUGCCCAGCGAACCCAGCUGAAGAGGAGCCUGGAAGAGGAUGGUGCAGUGUGUCCUUAGAGUGCUACGCAACACAGUAAAGGAAGUGGCACCAAAGCUGCAUGUACUGGCCAAUCUGCCUGACACGCCCGCUAUCCACGAGCAGCCGAACGAGAGAUGCGUCACGAGGAAGCAGUGGCGCUUGGCGCGGCUGUUACGAGACCGUUUUUGGAAGCGGUGGGUCUUAGAGUACCUGCCUACACUUGUGCGACGCGUGAAAUGGUGUGCGGGCGUUGAGCCGAUACGCCAUGGUGAUAUGGUGUUUAUAUGCGACCCGACCGUGCCACGCAGAAAGUGGCGAAAGGGCAUAGUGGAGGAGCUCUACAUGUACCAGAUGGAGUGCCUCGACUCGCCAGCGUCCGCGUGGCGGACAACAACCGAGUGCGACUGAUGACUCGUCCCGUGGCUAAACUAGCCAUACUGGCUGUGAGUAAAGCAGGGCCUUCACGGGGGCGGGGAUGUUGCAGGACGAAUUAAGCUAUCGAUUGUUUAGUAUUAAGUAUAUUCUGAAAGUAUGUAUUUUUGCCCUCUGAAUGUACGGGCACACUGUAUUUGGCUUGUUGCCGCCAUUACUUCAAUGUUAAGCUCAUUAUUGUCGUGAGUUCGAAGGCCGUAGGAGAAAAGACUGCGGUAAGAUUCUGAGGGAAUAUAUAUCCAAUUUCUAACCUAUGUAAUCCGUUUAGAAUAAAACACUUGCACUAG